AUGCCUUCUCAACUCCUCACCCUCCUCCUCUCGAGCAUGCUGCUCAGCCUAUCAACCGCCGGCCUCGUCCCUCUCGAGCGCCGCGCAAUCGGCUGUGGUACCUGCUACGAAGUCGGUUCCAAGCGCAUCACCAUCAACGGCGGAAAUUCUUGCUAUGUGGAUUGUUCGUUGCAGCAAGUCGAUAGCGCUUCCGAAGUUUGCUGUGGGAGGUUUGGAGUUGGAAGUGGUUGGAGAAAUGGGGAACGGAAAGGGGUUGGGAGUUGUGGUGCGAACACUAGGGGUGGUGGUGGUGGUGGUGAAGAUGGAAAGGAUCGAGUUCGGUGCCGUGACCUGUCUUUGCCUUUAGGAGAGGUAGUCUUGAUUCUUGUGUAUGGAGUGGCGAUUGAUGAGAAAAGUCUCGAUUUCUUCAAGAUACUUGUCUUUUCUUGUGUCUCUCAUCAUACAUCGCUUUCCACUUGAAAACUUCCCGAAAAGUCAGAAUCGUCUCGCUCCAGACGCAUAUCGGUGACCAGAGCUUAUCGGUCUCCUUGCCUGGUUCACGGAGGCUGCCAGUCACGAUGUCCGGAAUUCAUGCUUAUGCCAAUCUUCAGCGAGUUCUUGCAUGUUCG